ACCCAGUCUCCUGUCUCCUUUUGUUUACAGGGUGUAUCGGCUGCUGGUCAGAUUGUCUCGCUGAAACUCUGGCUCAUCGACAACCUUGUGGAAAAGGUCAAUGAAAACCUGCCGCCCGGCAUUAAAAUAUUAGGGAUGAGGCGUGUGACAGGGCGGUUCAACUCCAAGAACACGUGCGAUGCCCGCACCUACUUCUACAUGCUGCCCACCUUUGCGCUUGGCCACAAGGAUGAGGGGGCUGGUCCAGAGACGUUCCGUCUGAGUACGUGUGCUCUGGGCCGAGUCAACAAGCUGCUGGGCUGCUACAAAGGCACUCACAACUUCCACAACUUCACGUCUGGGAAGGGUCCGAGAGAUCCCAGCGCCAAGCGCUACAUCAUGGAGAUGUUCUGCGAAGCUCCCUUUGUGCGGCAGGGCGUGGAGUUCGCGGUGCUGAAGGUGAAGGGGCAGAGCUUCAUGAUGCACCAGAUCAGGAAGAUGAUCGGCCUGGUGAUUGCCGUGGUGAGGGGUUACGCUGCGGAGGCCAUCCUGGAGCAGAGCUGGGGCGAGGCGAAGGUGGACGUCCCCAAGGCCCCGGGCCUGGGGCUGGUGUUGGACACCGUCCACUUCGAGAAGUACAACCAGCGCUUCGGCAGCGAUGGGGUCCACCAGGCCCUGGAGUGGACCGACGUGGAACCACAAAGGGCCGCCUUCAAAGAGGAUCACAUCUACCCCACCAUCGUCACCACGGAGCAGGAGGAACAGUCAAUGGCCAACUGGCUCAACACCCUACCUAUUCACGACUUCACUGCCACAGCCUCAGGCAACCAGCUAACGGACAACCAUUCCAAGAAGAUGAACGAUGAUGUGGAUGGCGGCAGUGAUGUGGGUGAAUCUGACUGAGGAACGGCCCCGUCUGGAUCGCACGCACCCUCGCCACGCUGGUGGUGACAGUGGGCUACCACUUGUGGCUACUGCUACCGACCUGUCCCACAAAGUCAGGGAAGGAACCCAAGUCGUCGAGUUUUGAAGCUUUUUAAAAGAUUACUUCUGAGGUCUGCAUCCUCCACACAUUCCUGCAUCUCCCUGUUUGAAUGAUAGUCGUGUAGGAGAUCUUCAGAGUGUGUGACCUUGGAGGAUUUGUGUGUAGGAAGGAACUGCAGAUGCUGGUUUACACCGAAGAUAGACACAAUGUGCUGGAGUAACUCAGACAGCAUUUCUGGAGGAAAGGAAUUGGUGAGGUUUCGGGUCGGGUCUGAAUCAUCUUCAUCUUCAUCAUCAUCAUUGAAAACAUCACCAAUGCUGUGUACGGCAGUGAUCGCAACUUCUACUGAAGUGUCGAUGGCCGUUGGCUCGCUAGGAGCUCAUCCGCCCUGAAAAAGGGUCUCAACCCGAAAUGUCACCUAUUCCUUUUCUGCUAGGACCUACAGUUACUGGUUGACACUGAAGAUAGACAGAGGAAGCUGGGGUAACUCAGCGAGUCAGGCAGCAUCUCCAGAGAAAAAUAAGUGGCUGGCGUUUGGGGUGGGAACACAAAGGCGGAGAUGCUGCCAGACUGAAGAAGGGUUCCAAGCAGACACAUCGCCUACUCCUUUUCUCCAGUUACUCCAGCAUCCUCGGUCUAUCUUCCUUUGGAAUUCCCUGCUGCCUCUUUGAUUA